AGAGAAAUGGUUUAUAAUUUGCUUGAAGCUUGGGUUGGUGCUGAUAUUCUAUUAGAAAAAUUUGUUAAGUUUUAUAGGUUUUUAGUUAAAUAUUGUCAUAAAGGUGGUAUUAUUCUAGGUUCAAGUGCAUUGAGAAACA